UUUCAGUGCGAGUCUGGCUUUGGCACGCGAAAGUUAGGUUAGGUUUGUGUGUGUGCGCGCGCAUCUACCCCACUCUGGCUGCUGAUUGGUCAACCGGGAACAACCGGGAAGUUUGAAAACGCAUCCAGCCGCGACACUGCGCUGCAAAAAAAAAACGCGCGUACGCUUCUCAGUGUUUGUAGUAGUUUAAAAGUUAUUAUUAUCGUCGGCCGCUGAAUCUGUUUCAUAAGUAGGCGGUUUUUAAUUGUUUCGCGGUGCGGCUGUACAGUUGUUACAGAACUGGGUGAGAGAGAGAUAGUGCGAAAGAGAGAGAGUGAGUGGGUGAGUAGUUAAAGACAAUAGAAGUAGUGAACACUGACCAGGAAGUUGGAGGUGCUACUAAAUACUGUAGCUGUGUGGAGAAUCGGUGGAGCGGUAAAAAUCGUAGAAGAAGAAAAAGAAUUAGAAGAAAAAUAAAAGGUAAAGAAGGAGAAGAAUAGAGAGAGGAAGAAGUGAAGAAUAAGAUAAGGAGUAUAGGUAGUGUGUAGAGGAUUAGGUGAAGAAAAGAUAGAGAAAGAUAAGAAGGAAAAGGAAAUUGAGAGAGGAAGAAGUGAAGAAUAAGGAGAAGGAAUAUCAGGAGUAAAGAUAGAGUAUCCAGGACCAGGUGAAAAGGGAACUUAAGUGUAUGAAAAUAGAGGAGAAGAUAAUUUGAAGAGAAAGGAGAGAGAAAACCUGAGAGGAAAUAGGAUAAUAGAGAGGAGGGGAAGAACUAGGGAGUAAUAUAGAAAAGGUAGAAGUACAAGAAGUAGUAGGGUAAGAGAGUUUAAUGCCAGAGGAGAAAUAGGGGGAGAAAAACUGUUGAAAAAUAACCAAAAAUAGAGUGAGAAAAGUGGAGAAAAGUUGGGAAACUAAUGAAAAGUGAAUGGAAGAAUUGAAGAAAAACAGGUGGUGAAGAACUCUAAGGAAAUAUAACAACAGAAGGAGAAAAAUUAGCAGAAGAGACUGUAAAAAGUGAAGGUUAUUAUCGAGAAAAUAUUAGAAUCAUAGAAUUUUUCUAAUAGUGCAACAAUCAGUCGGAUUGGAACAAUCGAAACGUCAUUACUGUGUAGGUGUACAAUCAGUUUCUAGUUUUUCAAUUACAAUUUAUCUCUUAACAAACAAUUUGUAUUGAUUAUACAACACAGUGACAAUAUUAGCUACAAUAUUUAUAUAUAUUACUCCAAUUAUUAUAACCUGUUUCUCUUGUUGACAUCGGAGUCUCGUUCAUAUUUAUAGAGAUGUUCUAUAAAUAGAAAUACUCCUCAAGAAGAAAGUGUGAUUCCAAGUGACUGACUACAUUUUUAUAUAUUUCUAGUUUUUCUUAUUUAUUUUUGUGGAAAUUUCAAAUUUCAACAUGGCAAGGACAAGUAAUAUCUACAGCACAGAGUGUGGGAGGAACAUUCCAAAUUCUCUAUUCCUGCUUUUGAGGAUUUUUGUGGUAUUGAACAUUUUAUCAAUAAACAGGGUGGAAUGCAUCCAGUCAGAUACACAGGCUAUGGAUCUUGAGGACUCACAUUCCCAUUCCAUCUAUACAAUGUACCUUUCGCAGUUUGGCUACUUCAGUCCAACAGUGACGAAUGCUCAGUCAGGUCAUUUGAUGACAAGCGAUAUGAUGUCUAAGGCUAUCGGAGAGUUCCAGGAUUUUGCAGGACUAAAUGUUACAGGAUCCCUGGAUGAAGAAACACUAGAAAUGAUGAGUUUACCUCGUUGUGGUGUGAAAGACAAAGUUGGAUACGCCUCGGACUCGAGAAGCAAAAGAUAUGCACUGCAAGGUAGCAGAUGGAGAGUGAAAAAUCUGACCUACAAAAUCUCCAAGUAUCCAGCCACCCUUGGGAAGUCAGAAGUUGAUGACGUGGUCAAAAAAGCUUUCGCUGUUUGGGGUGAAGUCACGCCUCUCACGUUUACUAAAAAAUCUUCUGGUCCAGUUCACAUAGAAAUCAGAUUCGAGAGAGGUGAACAUGGAGACGGAGACCCCUUUGAUGGACCCGGGGGGACUCUGGCCCAUGCUUUUUUCCCCAUCUAUGGAGGGGACGCUCAUUUUGACGACGCUGAGAAAUGGACUGUCAACACUAGAUCAGGUACCAAUCUAUUUCAAGUAGCAGCCCAUGAGUUCGGACACUCUCUCGGUCUCUCUCACUCUGAUGUGAGGAGUGCUCUGAUGGCACCCUUCUACAGAGGCUAUGAACCCUACUUCCAGCUGGAUGAUGAUGACGUAGAAGCUAUUCAGGCACUCUACGGGAAGAAGAAGGACUCGGGAGGAGACAGUGACGGAGAGGGAUCAGACAAGAAGCCAGCCACUGAUGAGCCUCCCUCAGAGGAGGAUGGAGAAUUAUGUGCUGAUGCCACUAUCGACACUAUAUUCAAUUCUGCCGAGGGUGUCACCUAUACUUUCAAGGGUGAAUACUACUGGAAACUGACGGAAGACAGCAUUGCUCCCGGCUACCCGAAACACAUUUCAAAGAGUUGGCCUGGACUGCCUGGUAACAUAGAUGCUGCUUUCACCUACAAGAACGGCAAAACUUACUUCUUCAAGGGUUCGAAAUACUGGAGAUACACCGGCAAGAAAAUGGAUGGAGAUUAUCCCAAGGAGAUCAACGAUGGAUUCACUGGCAUUCCCAAUGACAUUGAUGCGGCCAUGGUAUGGAGUGGCAAUGGAAAGAUCUAUUUCUUCAAAGGUUCGAAGUUCUGGAGGUUCGACCCGACCCAAAAACCAGCCGUUAAGAACACCUACCCGAAACCAAUCUCCAAUUGGGAGGGAGUGCCUGAUAAUCUGGAUGCUGCCCUGCACUACACAAAUGGAUUCACCUACUUCUUCAAGGGAGGAAACUAUUAUCGAUUCAAUGACAGGAAUUUCGCGGUUGACUCAGCAGACCCGGCGUUCCCAAGGAGCGCAGGUUACUGGUGGUUCGGCUGCCGGUCGGCCACCAAGGGCAGCAGUGGCGCUGGUACGAAGGGCUAUCUGGCGGCCAACAGGGGAAGCUCUGUCAGUGGCGGCUCAAUGCAGUCCGACGAGUCGCGGCUACACAGAGAACAGCAUCACCCCACUCAAAACGGCGACAACGAUAUGAUUCAGGAUGCAGGUAACUAUCAUGAUAACAGGGAUGAUAUUGAAGUGAUUCACAAAAACGGACUCCAAGUUCCACGACGUGAAUCAAAAACGAAGGACACUGUUAAAGCCAGCAAUGCAUCAUCCAUCAGUGUUAAUCUACGUUUAACUUUGACCCUGAUCAGUGGAGCUCUACUGUUUUCACUCAGGUUUUGAUGCACCAUCCUCCAUCAGUGUUAAUCUCGUCCGGUUAACUUUGACCCUGAUCAGUGGAGUUCUGCUGUUUUCACUCAGGUUUUGAUGCACCAUCCAUCAGUGUUAAUCUCCGGUUGACUUUGACCCUGAUCAGUGGAGCUCUGUUGUUUUCACUGAGGUUUUGAUCCAUCAUUCCCCAGUGCUGACCUCCGGUUAACUUUGACCCUGAUCAGUGGAGUUCUGUUGCUCUCCCACAGGGUUUUGAUGAGAGAUUCGAGACAGAAUUGAGACUGAAUGCGUUAUUGGGUUUUUGUGCUAAAAGUUUGUUGUAGGCUAAAUGUGAUAAAUUUUCUUAAUGCAACAAGAAUAUUAAAUGGAAGCAAGGACUUUCAUUAAAUUUAAUGAUUCUUCAAUGUUGUUUUCCAUCAGGAACUGAUUAUUACUAAAUCACUUUUUGCUAUU